AUGCAGCUGUCAUUCCAGCUGCACCACAUGCACGAGCAGGAGGACAGAGAGCACGCGGGUCUCAUCAGCGGCCGCGGCAUCCGCGCGUACGAGCCGCCCACCAUCCGCAAGAUGUACGACACGGUCACGCAGCCCACGCUCUCCACCACCCCUUCGUCUCCUGAAGUUCUCGGCUCCAGACCGCCAGCGCCAACCUCGCCGUCAAACGCGGAGAACCAGCAACCCGCGUCUUCCGUCACCUCCGCCUCUUCCGGCGCCCCGCCAUCCGCGGGAGCGUUCUCGUUGAUUCAAGAUCUGCUAUCGGGGCAGCGGCUAUUCAGCGAGGUGUUGCCAUGGUCUCGCUCUAACCCCCCGGCGGACGCCGCCAACUCGGGCGACGCGCUUCUCAAGCAGGCCGGACUCGACGGCUUCACUCUCUUGUCGCCCAACGCCCAGUCGCAGAACCAGUCGCCGGCCAUCGCACAGUCGCCGCAGAAGGAGUCUACUGCGUCGCAGGCGGCAAGCGUGGGGCUGCUACCGGUCGGCAAUGAGGGGGCGGACUCUGAGUUCGCGUCUUCCCCGCAAAGGUCCUCCGCGCUUUCCCCCGCAGCCAGCGCGGAUACCGCUGGCGGAAGCCCCCCCUCCGUUCCGCGGCUGUCUCGUGUGCGCCGAUCUGCACAUCGGGCUAGCGCAGUCUCCGUGUCUUCCCCCGCCUCCACCUCUGCGCUCCGAACCCCCUCAUCGGCGCAAUCUGCGCGUGCCCCCUCCCCUUCGCGCAUCGUCAGCCUCUCAGAAAAUUCCCCCUCGUGCGUCGGACAGAAAGUAUCCCCCUCUUCGAACGCCACGUCAUCCGUCGUCGCGCAGCAGACUCCUCUCCGGGCGCUGACGCCCGCACAGCAGCUGCGCGCCGAGCUGGCGGAGCGGCGCAGCGGCGCGGCGGCCAAGCUGUUCUCGGACGCCGCGAAGGAAGCGCUGCUCGUGCGCGCGGGGCUGCUGCCGGGGCCCGCGGAGGCAGGCGCGACCCGCGCUCGCAGCAGCGAAGAAGGCGCAGGCGCGGGGGACAGCGCGGGCGGAAUCCGCGCAACGCUGGCGGAAAGAGUGGCGCAGUCGGCGUCCGCCGGUUCCGGCAGCGCGGCGCCAAGCAAAAUCGAGGAAGGGUGGCAAUCGGAGAGCGUGGCGGAGUCGCUGAGGCUGAGUGGGGAGCUGCGGAGCAGGCUGAGGGCCGCACUGGGGGAGAGGGAAUGCGCCAAGAGCGGUGAGAAUGAGGCGUCCGUUCAGGCGCACAGGGGCACAUCCGCGUCGCACCACCGGGGCGCGCCAGGGCGUGGCGGCGGCAGCGGACAGCUGUGCGGCCGCCUGCUGCUGCUACUCGUCGUCGCACAAGGUCUUUAUAUUCUCAAGCUUAAAUUCUCCUCGCGAUCUGACGCGCAGCGGCAGAGCGCCGCGACGGCUGCCCAGGGCCAAUCGAACGGCCACGAUCUGACGAAGCUGUUCAGCGCAAGCGGCGCGGGAAGCGCGCAGCGGGAGGCCGACGCGGAUUCGAUUCACCUCGGCGGCCCGCGGACCUACGAAGCUUCGCGUGGCGCCUCGGGAUACGCGGGCGACGAGCGCAAGUGGGUGCGGAAAUUCGCUGGCGGCGGCAUCGAUGCGAAGGACGACUCGGAACCGCGCGAAGCGACUCGGAGAUUCGCCGGCGGCGGAGGCGAGGAGGCGGAGCGGAAAGGCGUAGAGUUUAGGAGCGGCGAUGAUGAUUGGAUGGUGGAUGGAACAAAGACGACUCGGCCUCUGUUAGUAGAUGAGGAGAGCACAGGGCGCGGGGGAAAGGGGCGAGAGGAGGCGGAGCGGACGGGCGUGGAGUUUCGGAGCGGCGACGAUGAUUGGAUGGUGGACGGGACUAAAACGACUCGGCCGUUGAUAGUAGACGCGGAGAGCGGGGGGGACGGGGGAGGCAGGGGGGAGGAGGCGGAGCGGAAAGGCAUGGAGCUGAGGAGCGGCGAUGAUGAUUGGAUGGUGGACGGGAUGCAGAGCGGCCAGGAGGUGCUUGUAAAUGAGGACACGUGGCACGGCAGGAGAACGGAUGACGAUCGGGGGAGGGGGAGGGGGGGAAGCGGACGAGGGAGUGGAGACGACAUGGGGGUGGACGAAGGGGGGAUGGCGGAAGGGGGAGCGGGGGAAGGUGAGGGCAGAGGGAGCGGCAGGGGGGGAGAGAGUGGGGGAGCGAACGAGGAGGAGGGGGAAGGGGAGGGGGAGCCGGUUUGGCAGUCCCCAUUGGACGAGCCGUCCGAGUGGUCCCCACUGCAGGGCGCUCCUGACGGGCUGACGUGUCGCUCGUGGCUGCAGGAGGCUGAUGACGUGGCGUUUGGGAGGGACUUUGAGAAGCAGCCAAUUGCAGUGAUGGCAUAUGAGAUCCCGCGUAGGUACCCGUGCGACGUGCCGUGCGAGAUGGUCGGCAAGCGCCGCCCGGCGGAUCUGGACGCCAGCCUGGCGGGCAACGUGCCUCGGCACAAGGCGGUGCUGCGAUCCAUGGAGCCAAGGGGGUACUAUGCGAGCAACAACCCUGCAUGGGCGCACAAGGAUCAUGCUGUGGUGAUGACAGUGCAUCACGACUCAGACGGGCCAGUGCAGUACGGAUCAUGGGAGGAGUAUGAUGUCAUGCGCCCGCCUGUAAACAAGACCGCCUCGGCUCUUGCUGCUGCCUUCAUCAGCAACUGCCACGCCAACAGCUUCAGACUCGAAGCAGUAAAGGAGCUCAGUCGGCACAUGGAGGUGCACUCAUACGGCCGCUGUCUCAACAACAAGCCGUACGAAACCGACAAGCUGCCCGUGCUGGCCCAGCACUUCUUCUCUCUCGCAUUCGAGAACACCUGUGAGGCCGACUACGUCACUGAGAAGUACUGGCAGUGCCUGGUCGCCGGCUCUAUCCCCGUCGUCAUCGGCGCCCCCAACAUAGCCGAUUUCGCGCCCUCCCCGAACUCCUACCUGGAAAUCAAAUCUUUGGAGGAUGUGCCGAGGGUGGCGCAGCAGAUGGUUAUGCUCGCUGGUAACCAGACGGCGUAUGAUGAGAUGCUCGCACCGGAUCCGGAGAAAGGACCUGGAUGCUGCCAAAACCCGCCGCCCUUGCCGGUGCGAGGCGCCGGGGAAGCGCAAGGGGGAGAAGCUGGUGGUAUACCACCUGUACGUGAGAGAACGGGGGACGUUCCACUUUACCUCAGUGUUCUUGCGCAGUGA